UUUGUCGCCUUUCUUUUUCGUUUCUAGGGUUUUUUUUUCUUUCUUUUUUCUUCUUUAGCUCUGCUCUCUCCUCUUCACAAUUUCUUCUCUUCUUUCUCAAUUUUCCCAAUUAAGUUCCUCUGAAAGAUUAUAGAUUUGUUUCUUCUCCCCAAAAUACGGAAUUCAAAGUAAACAAUUUCCCCUUAAAAGGAUAGAAAGGAAAAAGCCGAUCUUGGCUUCCUUUCCCUUCUCUUGCAUCUCGACACUUGGACGCAUUCUUCCCGGAAUACCCAUCACCGGCGGCGUUUGUGAGGCUGAUUACUUCUCCGGCGUGAUUCUUCCGUGAAAGUCUUGGUUGCAGCAUAUGGAGGGAAUUCAGAAUCCUAUACCUCGCACUGUCGAAGAGGUGUUUAGCGACUUUAGGGGUCGUCGAGCUGGUCUCAUCAAGGCUCUCUCUACAGAUGUACAGAAGUUUUUCCAUCAGUGUGACCCUGAGAAGGAAAACUUGUGUCUUUAUGGACUUCCAAAUGAGACAUGGGAGGUUAAUCUUCCCGUUGAGGAGGUCCCUCCUGAGCUUCCUGAACCAGCUUUAGGCAUCAACUUUGCAAGGGACGGAAUGCCAGAGAAAGACUGGAUAUCUUUGGUUGCAGUUCACAGUGAUUCAUGGCUUAUCGCUGUUGCUUUUUACUUUGGUGCACGUUUCGGAUUUGGUAAGAAUGAGAGGAAGAGGCUCUUCCAGAUGAUAAAUGAUCUCCCAACCAUUUUCGAGGUUGUAACUGGCAAUGCAAAACCAGCCAAGGAUCAAUCUGCUAACCACAACAGUAGCAGAAGCAAAUCUAGCAGUGGCAAGCCUCGUCACUCCGAAUCUCACACUAAGGCUUCAAAGAUGUCCCCACCACCAAGAGAAGAAGAUGACAGCGGAGAUGAAGAGGAAGAUGACGAACAAGGUGCGGUUUGUGGCGCAUGUGGAGACAAUUACGGAGGAGAUGAGUUCUGGAUAUGUUGCGAUGCCUGUGAGAAAUGGUUCCAUGGAAAGUGCGUGAAGAUCACACCUGCUAAGGCUGAGCACAUCAAACAUUACAAGUGCCCGAGUUGCAGUACCAACAAGAAAAUCAAAGCUUGAAAGGUGAUGGCAUUAGGGACUGUGAAAAAGGAGAAAGUUUUCACAGUCGAACAAAAAGACGGAAAGGAUUAGCUCUCAGAGAAGGAGAAGAAGAAGCAAAAGUCUUUUGAUUGUGUAGUUUUUAUGGGAUUGAGACAGUUUACAGUUAGUAAUGUCUCUUUUUUGUUUUUGUUUUUGUUUUUUUUUUUGGAUUUUGCUGUUAAUGUCAAAAUGCUGCGACUAAUUUGUCUUUUAUGUUUCUAAGAAAAUUCUGUCUUUAAGCCACUCUAGUCUAUGUCAACUAGUUUCUUCUUCCUGGUA